AUGCCCACACAUCUGCCUCCCUUUACUCCAGCGUUUGGAGCGCAAAACAUUGCCCAAGAUAACAUUCUGCAGUCAGCAGACCAUGCUCGCAUAGGUAUUAAUGGUUUUGGGCGGAUAGGUCGGAAAUUGUUGCGAGCAUCAUUGCUUAGAUACGAUGUCUCCGUUGUAGCUAUCAACCACACUUGCUCUUCGGUUGAAGAGGUUAUUCAUUUACUAAUGCAUGGCUCGAUACAUGGUGCUCUUGACAAGUUGAUGGGCCACAAAACGCAAAUCGAUAUCUUACCUGAUGGAAGCAUUCCUUUGGGAUUCAACACGCUUUCGUGA